GCUUUUCAGUUGUUCUGGAAGACUGACGACCCAGGCUGUAGCAUUGCUUCUACAAGGAAGAAUAAUUGAAGAUUUCAAGUAUUGAUGCGGAAAAUAGAUCCGUUGGAAACCUACCGGACUAUGAAUUGGCGUUGAAUUUCCUAACGCCUGAAGGAUUCCUAAUUAGGUGUUUGCGUUAAAUAGAUCCGUUGGAAACCUACCGGACUAUGAAUUCGCGUUGAAUUUCCUAACGCCUGAAGGAUUCCUAAUUAGGUGUUUGCGGAAAAUAGAUCCGUUGGAAACCUACCGGACUAUGAAUUCACGUUGAAUUUCCUAACGCCUGAAGGAUUCCUAAAUAGGUGUUUGGCUAUCCGACCAUUUAUUCUCCCGAUUCUAAUUCCGUUCCCAUGGCUUCUUCUUCUUCAAGCCCUACAAAUUCAAUUCCCGCGGCAGAGGCGGUGCAGGUUCUGGUCUCAUCGCUCGCUGAUGAUUCUCCACUCGUCAGAGAAGCCUCAAUGUCCUCUCUCGAGGGCAUCGCUCCCCUGAAUCCGCUUCUUGUUCUUGAUUGUUGCUCGAUGGUUUCUAGAGGAGGACGUCGGCGUUUCGGUAACAUGGCUGGGGUUUUUCAAGUAAUGGCACUCAGCGUCAGUGCAUUGGAUGAAAGAGACGUUGAUCCUCCGUACAUGACAAAGCUUGCCAAAAUUGCGACGGCUGAGAUUAUAUCCUCCAAGGAACUUAAUGCUGACUGGCAAAGAGCUGCAGCAAGCCUCCUUGUUUCAAUUGGUACACAUUUGCCUGACCUUAUGAUGGAAGAAAUAUUCCUGCAUUUCUCAGGACCAAGCUCGGCUUUGCCAGCUAUGGUUCAAGCACUUGCAGAGUUUGCUUCUGCUGAUGCAUUGAAGUUCACUCCACGAUUAAAAGGUGUGCUUUCACGAGUAUUGCCAAUACUUGGAAAUGUUCGAGACGCCCAUCGGCCAAUAUUUGCUAAUGCAUUUAAGUGCUGGUGUCAGGCUGCUUCGCAAUAUAGUACAGAUCUCCCUUCGCUUUCUCCUCUUGAUGGUGAUGUCAUGUCAUUUCUCAAUUCUGCGUUUGAGCUUUUAUUAAAAGUGUGGGCAGUUUCACGAGAUCUUAAGGUACGCAUAUCUUCUGUGGAAGCUCUGGGUCGGAUGGUUGGUCUUAUUACUCGGACACAGCUAAAGGCAGCUUUACCCAGACUUAUCCCCACUAUUCUGGAACUGUAUAAAAAAGAUCAAGAUGUUUCCCUUCUAGCAACAUGUAGUCUUCAUAAUCUCUUAAAUGCCUCACUACUGUCAGAAACUGGCCCUCCAUUGCUUGAUUUUGAGGACCUUACAGUUGUUCUAUCAACACUUCUCCAUGUGGUUUCUGUUAAUAAUGACAGCAAAGAACGUUCAGACUUCUCAGUUGGGUUAAAGACAUACAAUGAAGUCCAGCGAUGUUUUCUGACAGUGGGUUUGAUUUAUCCAGAGGACUUAUUUACGUUUCUUUUGAAUAAAUGCAUCUUAAAGGAAGAAUCUUUGACUUUUGGUGCACUUUGUGUUUUAAAGCAUCUCUUGCCCAGGUCCUCUGAGGCGUGGCAUGAUAAAAGGUUGUUACUAGUUGAAGCUGUUAAGUCUUUGCUGGAUGAACAUAAUCUAGCUGUUCGGAAGGCACUUGCUGAGUUAAUUGUUGUUAUGGCUUCACACUGCUAUUUGGUUGGUCCAUCUGGAGAGUUGUUUGUUGAGUAUCUCAUACGCCAUUGUGCCCUUUCCGCUCAAGACAAAAAUGAACUGGAAAGCACCAAGGUGAAUAUAGGUGUUGUUUCUCCAGUGGAGUUGAGAGCAACCUGUGAGAAAAGUCUUCUUUUACUUACUAUAACAAUACCUGAAAUGGAGCGUAUCCUUUGGCCUUUUUUGCUGAAGAUGAUUAUUCCACGGGCUUAUACUGGUGCUGCUGCAAUGGUUUGCAGAUGCAUCUCGGAGUUGUGCCGGCACAGAUCUGCGUAUAGCAAUAACAUGUUAAAUGAAUGUAAAACUCGUGAUGAUAUUCCAAGCCCUGAGGAGCUUUUUGCCCGCUUGGUAGUACUUUUGCAUGAUCCUCUAGCAAGGGAGCAGCCGGCUACUCAGAUUUUGACAGUUCUCUGUUAUUUGGCACCUCUGUUUCCCAAGAAUAUUGGCUUGUUUUGGCAGGAUGAGAUUCCAAAAAUGAAGGCAUAUGUCGGUGACACGGAAGACCUUAAGGUGGAUCCCUCUUAUCAAGAGACUUGGGAUGACAUGAUUGUCGAUUUUCUUGCAGAAUCUUUGGAUGUUGUUCAAGACGUAAGCUGGCUUGUUUCACUUGGAAAUGCUUUCUCUAUCCAAUAUGAGCUUUAUAUGCCUGAUGACGAACAUUCUGCACUUCUUCAUAGGUGCCUUGGUAUUCUUCUUCAGAAAGUUGAUGAUAGGGCUUAUGUUCGACAUAAGAUUGAUUGGAUGUACAAACAAGCUAACAUUGCCAUUCCAUCUAAUAGGCUUGGUUUAGCAAAAUCCAUGGGAUUGGUUGCAGCAUCUCACUUGGAUACUGUGUUGGAGAAGUUGAAAGAUAUUUUGGAUAAUGUUGGUCAAAGUGUUUUUCAGAGAUUUUUGUCUUUUUUCUCUAGUAGUUACAGAACAGAGGAGUCUGAUGACAUACAUGCUGCUUUGGCUCUGAUGUAUGGCUAUGCAGCACGAUAUGCUCCAUCUGCAGUUAUUGAAGCGAGAAUAGAUGCCCUUGUUGGGACUAAUAUGCUCUCACGGCUUCUUAAUGUACAUGGUGCUACAGCAAAGCAAGCUGUUAUUACUGCUAUUGAUUUACUUGGUCAUGCUGUCAUUAAUGCUGCGGAAAAUGGUGCACCAUUCCCUCUGAAAAGAAGAGACAUAAUGCUUGACUAUAUAUUGACUUUAAUGGACCUAGAUGACAGUGAUUCGUUUAUUGAUUCCAGUCUCGAACGGCUACGUACGCAGGCCCUUGCUUUAAGUGCUUGCACGACCUUGGUUUCUGUUGAGCCAAAGCUGACGAUCGGAACAAGAAAUCAUGUUUUGAAGGCCACCUUAGGGUUCUUUGCUUUACCAAAUGAGCCGGUCGAUGUUGUCAAUCCUCUUAUUGAUAACCUUAUUACACUCUUAUGUGCGAUUCUUCUCACAAGUGGAGAGGAUGGUAGAAGUCGAGCAGAGCAGCUCUUGCAUAUUUUGAGAAAAAUUGAUCAAUAUGUUUCUUCACUUGUGGAGCACCAAAGGAGAAGAGGUUGCCUUGCAGUGCAUGAGAUGCUCCUCAAGUUUCGAGCGCUUUGUGUUAGUGGAUAUUGUGCUCUAGGGUGCCGUGGCAGUUGCUCUCACAGCAAGCAAAUUGACCGUACACUACAUCGGAAUUUUUCCAACUUACCAUGUAAUUUUAAUUUUUGGGAGCAACUACCAUCUGCAUAUGUAUUGCCUAGUCGUGAAGCCCUGUGUUUGGGAGAUCGAAUCAUGAUGUAUCUUCCUCGUUGUGCAGACAAUAAUCCUGAAAUUAGAAAAGUUUCUGCACAGAUUCUUGAUCAACUUUUUAGUAUCUCUCUUUCACUUUCAAAGCCUGGGGGUUUGGGUUCUACCAUCAAUGUUGAAUUUUCCUACACUGCUUUGUCCUCACUUGAGGAUGUUAUCGCCAUCUUGAAAAGUGAUGCAUCUAUUGACCCAUCAGAGGUUUUUAACCGAAUUGUUUCCUCUGUGUGCGUUUUGUUAUCAAAGGAUGAGCUUGUAGCAGCCCUCCAUGGUUGCACGGCAGCUUUAUGUGAUAGGAUCAAGCAGUCUGCUGAAGGUGCUGUCCAAGCAAUUACUGAGUUUGUUACAAAGAGAGGGAAUGAGCUGAGUGAAACUGAUGUUUCAAGGACGACCCAGUCCUUACUCUCUGCUGUGAUGCACGUUUCUGAGAAGCAUUUACGUUUGGAAACUCUUGGGGCAGUAUCUUCUCUAGCUGAAAGUACCAGUUCAAAAGUUGUUUUCAAUGAAGUAUUAGCAACUGCAGGGAGGGAUAUUGCCACUAAGGAUAUAUCUAGACUACGCGGUGGUUGGCCAAUGCAGGACACAUUUUAUGCCUUUUCUCAACACAUGGUGCUUUCUCUUGUGUUCCUGGAGCAUCUGAUAUCUAUCCUUAGCCAGUCGUCAGUUCCGAAAGGUGAUUUUGAUAGAGGAGAUGGUUCUGGUCAUUUUUCUGAUGGUCAGAUAGAGAAUGACACUCUGCAGGCUGCUAUGUUUGCUCUCACUGCCUUUUUCAGAGGUGGAGGAAAAGUUGGAAAAAAAGCUGUUGAGCAAAACUAUGCUUCUGUUCUUGGGGAACUUAUACUGCAAUUGGGAAGUUGUCAUGGUCUGGCUAGUUGUGGUCAGAUUGAACCACUGCGGAACCUUCUAACUGGGUUUCAGGCAUUUUGUGAGUGUGUUGGGGAUCUUGAAAUGGGAAAGAUUUUGGCUAGAGAUGGGGAGCAAAGCGAGAAUGAGAAGUGGAUCAACCUUAUUGGUGAUGUGGCUGCCUGCAUUUCCAUUAAGAGGCCAAAAGAGGUCCAACUUAUUUGUCAAAUUUUGACCAAAGCUUUAAACCGGCACCAAAGAUUUCAAAGGGAAGCCGCAGCUGCAGCAUUGUCAGAGUUUGUUCACUAUAGUGGUGGAUUAAGUUCCCUCCUGGAGCAGAUGGUUGAAGCAUUGUGCCGGCAUGUAUCAGAUGAGUCUCCUACUGUGAGACGCCUUUGUCUUAACGGGCUUGUGCAGACACCAUCUAUUCAUAUUUAUCAGUACACAACUCAAGUUCUGGGCGUAAUACUAGCGCUGCUUGAUGAUUCGGAGGAAUCUGUUCAAUUAACUGCUGUGUCAUGCUUAACUACGAUUCUCGAGUCAUCACCCAAUGAUGCAGUGGAACCCAUUUUGCUCAACCUUUCUGUUCGACUUCGCAAUCUUCAACUAGCAAACAAAUCCGUAUAUUUGAAACAGACAUGCAUGAACGUGAAGAUUCGAGCUGAUGCAUUUGCAGCAUUUGGAGUGCUCAGCAACUAUGGAGUUGGGACACAGCGUGAGGCAUUUCUUGAGCAGAUUCAUGUGGUCCUCCCACGCUUGAUCCUGCACCUUCAUGAUGAUGAUCAUAGUGUUCGUCAGGCUUGUCGUAAUACCCUCAAGCAGAUUGCUCCUUUAAUGGAAAUGGAAGGAUCUGUUGCUCUGUCCAAUUCACAUUGUUUUAAUUCUGACCAUCGAGGUGACUACGAGAACUUUUUAAGAGAUCUCGCGAGGCAAUUUGUUCAAUAUCUUCCUUCUAGAGUUGAUAGUUACAUGGCAUCGGAAAUACAGGCCUUUGAUGCACCUUGGCCAAUAAUUCAAGCAAAUGCUAUAUACUUCUGCAGCAGCAUGCUAUCUCUUUCAGAUGAUCAGCACAUUUUAUCUCGUUACUACACCCAGGUGUUUGUCCUGCUGGUGGGCAAGACAAAUCAAUCCACUGAUGCAGUCGUUAGAGCAACAUGCUCUUCAGCUUUGAGCUUGUUACUAAAGUCGACUAAUUCCCUCUCAUGGAGAGUAGCUCGACUUGAUCGUAUGGACUCGAGUAGAAGGGGUUAUGAAUCGGAGUCUGCUAGAAAAUAGCUAUGCUUAAAAGAUGAAAUGAAUAUGUUUCUCGUCCUGUGUUGUGUGAAUAAUAGGUUCGAAUGUAUCGUACUGGGUCACUUCCAAGAGUUGUAGAUUUAAGCACUACUCUGGAGGGAAUCACGUGGAAAGUGCAUUUGUUCACUCUUGAGGUUUGAUAUGAAUCUCAUUUUGGAUGCUGGUGAAUGUUGAAAUCAUCCCAAUGAUGAAAAAAUAUGUACAGUUUGUCAGUGUGGUUAGGGGAGCCUGUUGUAAAUUAAGCUUGCAAUAACGGUGUGUAAAAUAUUCUGUUUUUAUUUCUUACUCGAUGUCUGUGGAGGUAGGUUGGUUCAAGAAACUUGUGCAGUCAUACUGCUUGUAACUAAGUUGAUCGGGGUACGUGGUUGAGAGGGUAGAGGUUUUUGUCUCGGUUGGAAA